AUGCAUUCACACCAACCCCUUGAUAACGUGAUGGCAGCUGAGAAAGCCAUUGUCAUGAGAAGCUACCAAAACUUCAACAAGGAGAUGCUGAUCACACUGUGCUUCGCAUUCCUGCCUCUCUUCUUAGCCCUCUGGUGCUCCUCCGCAUGGCAUCCGGCCACCGCCAAUCUGUCCCGCCAGUUUUACUGGGCACUCAUGGCACUCUUCGGUAGUCAUCAUUUGUACGCUUUCUUGCUCUGCAAUGUGCUUAUUGUUGCCAUCUACUCUAUGUCCCCCGUUGGGCGAUCAUCCGAUGUCUACGAAGAGUCCACCAUCAACAGUGAGUAUUGGUGGAAUAUAUAUCUGGAACCAGAGACAACGCCAGAGGAGGAAGAGGAGGAGGAUCAGAACAAACAAAUCGCAUGGUCUGAGGAUAUUAGUGCCGUAGUGCCUCUUGUUGAUGACAACACAAAGAUGAGUUGCAGCGAAGAGCCGACAGGGAGGCAUCCAAGUGCUAUGGAGGAACUGAACGAUAAGGAAUUCCAGCAGAUAAUAGAUGAUUUCAUUUUUAGAUCGAAGAAGGAUAUUCUGGGGGAAGAGAUUCAAAGUGAAAAAUGUAUGAAAGAAAAGGGAGAAGAAGAAGAUAAUAGGGCAACCACAUCAGCAUACAUGUCUCUUUUAAUAUCUCGUUAA